AGCACCUGCUGGCUCCAUGCAGCUUAAAACCACUGGUCAUAGACUGCUCCAGAUAAAUUCAUCAACAUUUGACAAGGUUAACUCAAUUCAUGAGGACGUAAACUUCUCGAAGAAUGAAGUUGAAGAGAAGGCUUCCUCGAAGACAACAUUAGUAGAGGAGAGGAAAAAAAAGACACUGUCGGGGGCUGUAAACUCCUCAGAGAUUGAUGUUGAAGAGAAGACAUCCUCAGAGGUGACAUUAGUUGUGGAAAAGAAAAGGAAGAGUAAACCACUGCAAGGUAAUAAAGAUGUUUUAAAAAGACAAAAAUGUGUGGAACAAGCGCAGCCUAAUAUAAAGAAGUAUCCAAAACGGAAGUUGUCUCAGAAAAACUGCAAAGAUUCGAAAGAUAGUCACGAAGAAAGCUCAAAUGGUAAGUAAUUUUGUGUGUUUUUAAAUUUCGUAGGGAACAUUCCUAGCAAUUCCUAUGGACCUUUAACGUUAUGUACAGAGGUGGUAUCAGGUUUUACCAAUAUUUUACAUUAUUAGAUGAAAACUUGAGUGUUGAUGAUGAUAGUGACUAUGAAGUUUCAUCGAAGGAAACACAAGGGUCAGAUAGUGACAAUGACUUUAAAAAAGUUUCUGGAUGCAAAGAAAUCGCUAACCAAAAUGGCAAAAGACUUAAUUCUCAGCGAAUGUAUACAUUGUGGUCAGAGGAAAGCAAAGAUGCCUUUGAUGUGGCAUUUGCAGACCAUCUGAAAAAGGAACGCGGAUAUCCCAGCCGUGGAGAAAUGGAAGAAUUUGCCAAACAAUUUGAUUUCAACAUUAAACAAGUUAGGACGAGAAUUGUAAAUCUUCGUAGAUUGAGACUUCAUCAACAGCAAGUGGCCAAAAACCAUUUGGGAAUUUGUGGCUAAAGUGGAUGUUGCUAGAAAAGUGAAAACAUCUUUUGGUCAAUUUUGUUUUGUGGUCAACUGAAUCACGAGAAACUUAUUGUAUUUAUAAGUAAUUAUUUACAUCGUUACAUAUUUUUGCAGGAACCCAGCCCCAUGAGGUGAAUAGUUUUCUCAUAAAAUUUGACCCCGCAAUCUCCAAGAUUCUUUCACAA